CUGGACACCGCCGCGUCGAGUCAGUCAUGAAGAAACCGGUGAAGGGACGAGGAGGCCAAAGCACCAACACCAUCCUCACUUCUUCAUCCUACGCUCAGCAACUAACCCAGGUGAACCCAACACCACCAUCCGUUUCUGUGGACGACGAGGAAGAGGAAAAUUCUGGAUUCUCCGGCUGGCUCCGAACUGGCGAGGGAGUUGAGUACAUGAAACUUUUUGUCAUGUGCAACACCUUGAUGGUGGUGCUCACCAUGUCCUGGCCGCACAUUCGAAACGUUUACACCAUUGCCUCUGAAUACUGGAACGGCGAAUAAACACACAGAAACAUGCACGGUUUGAUGGUGAUUAAGGGUUUCAUGACCAUCGCCAUCGUGGGGUGGUACUCGGCGGGCGUGUGGCGCGUGAUGAAUGCGUACUUUGACAACGCCUUCAAGGACCACCUCACCGAGAAAAUGAAAGACCCGGCGCUUUUGCGAAGAACCGUCCCUGAGGCCGUAGGCCUCCCACCCUUGAAGAGCCCCGACCCCUCCGAGAAAGCCCCCGACCUGCCGCCCCUCAACUCGUUCAAGCCGCCCCCAGACGAGAGGCGGUUCUUCCGGGAAAAGCCGAUGAUGCACUACGACGAAGACGAGUUCGAAGAAGUGUGUCCGCUGGAACGGGCCCCUAGCAAAGGCCAGGACUCUGCCAGUGCGGACAAGUGCGGUGGAAGCCCCUGAGGUGCU